UGAUCAUCCUAGGAAAAGUCACCGGAAAUCAUUUUGGAUAACUGAAUUCAAAUAAACUGUUCCCAAAAUAAAAUAAACAAGAAAAAUUCUGCAACAACGGAGCUACUAGGGUUCAAAUCAUCUGUCUGUAUCCUGAUUCAAGAGGUUUUUCAGCAUUAAAGUGUGAAGUCUGAAAAGAAGAUUUUACGAGAUCUGCAACAUCAUGACAUCCAUUCAGGAGGAUGUCAUCUAAACGGAAAAGUCCUCCGACAAAAUUCACGCCAGACGAUCUCAGCAAUGGGCAUCACCCACGAUCUUCCACGGACUUGCACGAUCAUCUUCAUCCUCCUCCCAUACCAGAAGUCGAGGAAAACCCUCUGAACCUACAACAAGGUUCUUACGAAAGCGAUAAUCGACUGGCCAACGAGGCUCAGUACACGUUCGAAGACGACGAACAUUUCUUUGACAACAUGACCUCUUCUCCGGGCGCGUCAGAUAGUUGCUCUCCCUACCCGUCCAGAUUAGCGGAUCAGGACUCGGACAGUGCGACCAGCGAUCCGGAGGGUAGGUCUGAGAGUGGCACACUCAUCAAUUGCGGUGCAUCUGCAGCAUUUGCACAUACCAGUAGGAAACAAAGACUCUUGCAGAGCGUGUCGGAUGCUUCUGGAAAAGGACUCAAUCCCACGGAAUCGGACUCCGAUUCCGAUGCCGGAUGUUACAGUGGCAGCGAGUGUGGACUGUCGAGUAACACCGACCCGAGACUCGCUUCUCCCGGACAGUCCCGGACAAUGGAGCCUGUGCCCUCCCCUGGCAGCAGCCACCACAGUGAUGUGAGCAGCGGGAAGCCGGUCAACAGGAGAUCCAUGGACGAUGUGGUCAAAAAACUGACCUCUAAAAUGCACAACAGUGCUCUCAGUGAAACUGCCCACGGAUUCAGUCCAUCGGAUUCGAUCAGUUUCCAAACAGACUCUUCUUCGAAUAGGAAGCACACGAAUGGAGAUACGUCUGAAGAGAGGCGGACGGAGCGCGUUCUGGUGGAGAACGAAGACAUGAAAGUGACCAUGUCUGACAAAAUAAGUAGCCAGGAAAAAUCCAGGGCCCUUGCCGAUCUCAUCAACGAAUUACAAAAAGUGAAAGCCCGAUUGGAAGAGGAACAGAUGAUUCAAGAGGGCGCCGAAAAUGCACGACGAGAUGCCGAACAACAGCGGCAGUCAAUGUAUGAAAGAGAGCAGCAGCAGCUCUUUUACCAAAAGCAAAUCCAAGAGCUGCAGUGUCAAAUAAACGGUAACUCCAAGGGUUCACUCAGCUGGCCCCUGGUGGAAGGGUCUCAUCUAGCUCUGAAGUCCCCGACCUCCUGCGCUGGACCCCUCAGACCUCAACCCACCACUGCCGUGACCAGAAGGGCAACUGACAACUGUCCUAUGCAGCUUCAGCCUGCAUCCCAGCCAUGGGUUAAUCAGCUGGCCCCUCCCAUCGCCAGCCCUAGCCCCAGUAUCAGCAGCUCCGAUCCGGACGUGGAGGCUGAUGCACCUCUCAACCUCUCUAAACCGAAACACUCUAAAAGCUCAUCCAAGAGGCCCAUGAGGAGUCCAACCAGUGUACCAAUGCAUGAAGAAAGAACGUCUUUGUCCCCCAGUACUCUCCAACAUCAAAGAAAUCAAAACGUAUACGACCAACUUACUGCCAUGACGCGCGCAAUGCAACACCCCAAUCCUCUGCAGAUGGCACCCUCUGCUUAUCUUCCGGGAGCUUAUCCACCGAUGCCGCCUGGAAUUCACAUACGACCACCCGGUAUGAUGCCAACACAAGAUAAAAUGAAAGAUGUGAUGCCCUCUAUUCCAAGCAGUCACAUCCCGAGCAGUCUUUCCCAGCAUCCUGGAACGUUUCAGAAUUUCAACUUGCACAUGUACUUGUCCCAGUGCUUGAAUCCACAUGAACCCUGUGAUAUCACCUCACCCCCAAUGGAAUCGGGCGACAAAAAGCAUGAUUCUCAUCUGGCAACUUCCCCAAGUAAGCUUGUGGGUGCCAAAAUCAUUCGUCAGACUAAGAAAGAGGGUGAAUCAAAGCCUCACAUCAAGAGGCCCAUGAACGCCUUCAUGGUGUGGGCCAAAGAUGAGCGACGGAAGAUACUUAAAGCCUGCCCCGACAUGCACAACUCCAAUAUAUCGAAAAUUUUAGGUGCUCGAUGGAAAGCUAUGACUAAUAACGAGAAGCAACCUUACUACGAAGAGCAGUCCCGACUGAGCAAAUUGCACAUGGAGAAGCACCCAGACUACAGGUACCGGCCCCGACCCAAACGCACCUGCAUCGUGGAUGGGAAGAAACUGAGAAUAUCGGAAUACAAGCAAAUGAUGAAAUCUCGGAGGCAAGAGAUGCGCACCCUGUGGUAUCGUGACGGCCUUGGCGUUAUGGACUCGCCCACCAUGGUGACACCCACUUCCUCCAUCAUGUCAAUGCCAAGCGUAUCGACAAGCCCCAGCAGUAUGGGCCAUCCCCUGAACAUGGGUCUAAACCCCGCCAACGGCAGCAUGGAGGGCCACCCUGUCUUAUCCCCAUCUCACCUGUCACCCGACCGAACCUCUCCUUCUACCUCAGCCUCCUUGCAACGCAUUCAAAAUGAAAACAACCCCGUUUCCAUGGAAACCUCCACGUGAGAGUCUCCCCACCAGUCCAUCGGACAUUUAUUUGUAAAGCAUUUAUUUUGAUGAUGGAUCCAGUGUGUUCUCUAUCUCGGGCUUGAGGGGUUUGCUGGACAGUGUACAAAGGAUGAUGUAAAUAAUUAUCCAUGUUUCAAAAAAAGGAUGUAGUAGAAAAUAGGCAUAUUAGAUCAGCUGGACUUUUGUACUUAAUAUCCUUUCUGCUAAUGCUCAAUCAAAAUUUAUUUCUUGUAAAAAAGUUGAGGGAAAUUGACUUUUCUAUUUUAUGAUAGGAAUAGAGGAAUUUAGUAUUUAUAUAAGAAAUGGGCUUGCAAAAUUAUUUAUUUAUUGUUAAUUCAUUCUUUUUAAUUUGGUUAUUUAUUGUGAUCAUGUAAAAGCCAAAUAAGAAAAAAAGAAUCGCGAUAGCUCAUUCUUUUUCAUUUAACAAAUGAAAUUCUAAUCUUGGAUGUUUUAUUUUUAAGGAUUUUGACUAAUUUUAAUUGUUGAUUUUAUGUUAUUUGUAAACAAAUCAUUGUUUAAAUAUUUUAUAUUCUUAAAAGUAAAUUUCCGGUGCCGAGCACUAAAUGUUUUUUUUUUCUCUUAUUAAUUGUACUUUUGAAAAGUACUGUAAAUGAAAUGUGCAAUUAUUUAGUCAUUAAGAAUUGUAUGUGAGUCGUGAUUACAUUUAACAAAUCAAAAAAAAAAAAAAUUUGUACAUAAAUUGUAUAAAGAGCCACCUUCUGCAUAAUCAAACUGAUAGUAAGUCCCUGUGUAUAAAGCAAAUGGUAAUCAUGUAUUGGCGGAAAAGAAUAUAUCCUUGCACAACAGCAACCCCUCUCCCCGAGCAAGACUUUCGAAUUACACCACAUAAUUCUGUGAUGCUUAACUGGAUCCAUCUGUACCUUCUUCAGAAGACUUAACCGAAGUUAUUGUAAUAUCCAAUCCAUCAGCAUUUCUUCAGUUGAACUGUUUUCGCUGUUCAGUCAGUACAGGAGAGAAAAAUACAACCGUACAUGUAGGCUAUUCUAUAACAGCUUCAACAGUGUGUACAGAAUAUUAUAAAUAAAUAUAAGCUGUCAUUCCCAUUAUUUGGACACAGAUGUGGGCCAGUUGCUUCUAUGAAAACAAACUAAAGGGCAUUUUUUUUUCUGACUCUCCACUCUACAUUGCCAAAGGAAGCCCACGGUAUAUAUAGUGACUUGUGCAGGCUUUUGAAAAUUUGAUGUGCAAAUACAACUGCUCAAUGUGAACUCUCUUCUAGUCUGUGAUUUAACCAUCUGUUGCAGAGUACAUUUUCUUUGUGUUUUUGUUUUUGUAACAGUAUUAUUGGACGAAACAAAGGUGGUUUUAGUUUCAUCUCUUAAUUUGUACCAUGUGCUGUUUUUUGUUUGACACUUAAAUAUUUAGAAUUUCAUCUGCGAUGAUUGAAUGAAAAUAAACCACUUUUGUGAAUACAA